AUGCACCACGUGGAGAACUGCUUGGUACCAACCACUGAAACUAUUCGAGUGCAAUAUCUCAUGGAACAGUUGAUUCAAACUGGGCAUCCGGUUAUGUUAAUUGGAGCUGCUGGAACGGGGAAGUCCAAUAUCCUAAACGAUAUGUUUACACGCCUCAACAACGAAAUCUUCCUGGUAAAGAACGUUUCCUUCAAUUUUUACACAACCAGCCUCAUGCUUCAAGAUAUCCUGGAGAAGAGUUUAGAAAAAAAGGCUGGAAAGAACUACGCCCCGCCUGGACAAUUUAGGAUGAUCUACUUCAUCGACGAUCUAAAUAUGCCAGAAGUCGAUAAAUACUUUACAGUUCAACCACAUGCCCUCAUGCGACAACACAUUGAUCACAGCCAUUUCUAUGACCGCAGCAAAUUGACUUUGAAAGUGAUCCAUAAGACGCAGUAUGCUGCCGCCAUGAACCCUACUGCGGGCAGUUUCACGAUCCAAGAUCGACUUCAACGCCAUUUCUGUACUCUUGCUCUCUCAUUUCCAGAUGAAGAAGCAGUCAAAUCAAUUUACUCAGCUAUUCUGGAGCAGCAUUUCCGAAAUUCCGGUAUGUCGUCCUCUUUAAUCAGGUUGGUACCUGAGCUAAUUAGUGCCGCUGUGUUAAUACAUCAUAAAAUGACAAUGACUUUCCUACCCACGGCUACAUGUUUCCAUUACGUCUUCAACCUUCGUGACCUUGCUAACAUCUUUCAAGGAAUGGUCUUCUCUGAUGCUGAAGUUUUCACAACCGAUGUAAGUAUUCUCCGGCUUUAUCGUCAUGAAGCCUUGCGCGUCUACGCUGAUAGAAUGAUCACAAAGGAUGAUAUUAAACAAGCAACAAGCAUAAUCAAUAAUGGAAUCAGUGUUACUUUUGAUGAAGUAGCUUUGGAAGAGCUGAUUGCAGAACCUAAUAUUUUCUGCCACUUCAGUAAAGGCCUCGGAGAAAAGAUAUAUUCUGAGAUACGAUCAAUGGAAGACAUAACUCAGGUUCUAAUAGAAACUCUUGAAAUUUACAAUGAAACCAACGCAGCUAUGAACCUGGUACUUUUUAGUGAUGCUGUCGAGCACGUAAUGAGGAUAUCUAGGAUCUUGGAGAUGCCGAGGGGCAAUUGCUUCCUUAUUGGUGUCGGCGGUUCAGGCAAGCAGUCGCUGUCAAGGCUCGCUUCAUUCAUUGCUGGCUUUGAGGUUUCGCAGAUUGCAUUAAGAAGAAACUACACAAUGGCUGAUUUAAAGGCUCACUUAGCCACCUUGUAUAUGAAGGCGGGUUUGAAAAAUAUACCCAUUGCAUUCCUGAUCACCGAUGCUCAAGUUGCUGAUGAAAGUUUCCUUGUCUGUAUCAAUGAUUUGUUGGCUUCUGGUGAAAUAUACGGUCUAUUCAAUGACGAAGAGCUGGAAAAUAUAAUUAAGAGCAUUCGAAGUGAGGUCAAAGCCAUGGGGUACGCUGAUACUAACGAGAGUUGCUGGAAAUUCUUCAUUGAGAAGGUCCGGAAGACGCUUAGAGUUAUUCUCUGUUUCUCGCCGGCUGGGAGUACACUAAGAAUCCGUGCUCGUCGAUUCCCGGCACUUGUUAAUUGCACUUGCAUUGAUUGGUUCCACGAAUGGCCUCAGGAAGCUCUCUUAUCAGUGUCUCGCCGGUUCCUUGAAGACUGCGAGGAUCUUGACGAGGGAAUCCAACCAUCGGUUAGCGAGUAUAUGGCAUAUUUGCAUACAACAGUCUCUGAGAUAUCUGAGGUUUACUUUGAGAGAGAGCGCCGCCGUAAUUACACUACUCCCAAGUCCUUUUUGGAAAUGAUAGCUCUGUACAAGCGCCUGAUUUCGAAGCAGCAUAAUGAGAUAAACGCUAUGAUCGAGCGUCUUUCUAACGGUCUGGAACGUCUAAGUGAAGCCGCUGCCCAGACCACUGACCUGAAAGCUCAAUUAGCUGAGCAGACGAUCGAAGUGAAUGAGAAGAAUGAGGCAGCAAAUGCACUUAUCCAGACCAUUAAAAAGGAAACUGAAGUAGUUUCGGCUGAAAAAGAUUUCGUAGCUGGUGAAGAGGCCAAAGUGGCUGUGAUUAAAAGCGAAGUCGAGGUGAAACAGAAAGAUUGCGAGAGGGAUUUGAAGAAGGCAGAGCCGGCUCUAAUUGCAGCUCAGGAGGCCCUAAACACUCUAAAUAAGAAUAAUCUCUCUGAAUUGAAAGCCUUAACAGCACCACCCAAGGAUGUGGAAAUGGUUUGCUCGGCUGUGAUAGCUCUCUUUGCGAUGGAUGGAAAUGUACCCAAGGAUAGAGGAUGGAGAGCAGCUAAGGCAGGCAUUAUGUCAAAAGCUGACACACUCCUAGCCAACCUUCUCAACUACGACAAGGAGCACAUUCAUCCAGAAUCCAAAAAGUUGGCUCUAGCCUAUGUGCAGAACCCUAACUUUGAUCCUGAGGUUAUCAAGAAAAAAUCACUUGCUGCAGCUGGUUUGUGUGCUUGGGUCAUUAAUAUUCUCAAAUUCCACGAUGUUUAUCUCGAAGUAAAGCCAAAACGAGAUGCCUUAGAUGCGGCCAACAAGGAAUUGAAACUAGCCACUGAUAAACUGCAGGCACUCCAAGAUAAAGUUCAUACACUGGAAGCCUCGUUAAGUAAGCUAACUGGGGAACUUCGAGCUGCAACAGAAGAGAAACUUCGUUGUCAAAAGAUGGCAGAUGAAACAGCUUUUACGUUAGAUCUAGCAAACCGCCUAGUAAAUGGCUUUGGUUCUGAAAAGGUUCGCUGGGCUCAAGAGGUUGAAAAUCUCUACAAGUUGAAGGAGACCGUCGCUGGGGAUGUCCUCUUUACAACUUCCUUUAUAUCAUAUUUUGGAUAUCUCAGUACCAGCUUCCGCGACGAUUUAAUGGAGAAGAGAAUAAGGCCAUUUCUGGAUCAGCAGGAGGUACAAAUUCCACGUAGAAUGAAUAUUGAUCCUCUCAAGAUACUAAUCAAUGACGCUGUAGUAGCUUCGUGGAAUAACAAUGGCCUGCCAAGUGAUCGAAUGUCUACUGAAAAUGCAACGAUUCUGACCUUCUGUGAGAGAUGGCCCCUCACGGUUGACCCUCAGUUACAGGCUAUCAAAUGGAUAAAAAAUACGUACGGUGAUGAUUUGGUCAUAACACGCCUUUCCAAAAAAGGAUAUAUUGAUGAUAUCAUAAACGCAAUUCAAAACGGACAGAUCGUCUUACUUGAAAAUAUUGGUGAGAUACUUGAUCCUAUCCUCAAUCCUGUUAUUGGCCGUGUGACGAUUCAAAAGGGUAAGGCCAUGCUAAUUGGUGACAAGGAGAUCGCCUAUAAUCCAAAUUUUAGACUAAUUCUUCACACAAAACUAGCUAAUCCCCAUUACCAACCUGAGCUACAGGCGCAAACAACCCUCAUUAAUUUUACUGUUACAAGAUCCAGUUUGGAGGAUCAAUUAUUGGCCGUUGUAGUAAGCAAAGAAAGACCGGAUUUGGAGACGUUAAAGUCUGACCUUACAAAACAACAAAACGAGUUCAAGAUCACAUUGAAGGAACUAGAAGACUCCCUAUUAGCCAAACUUGCCUCAUCUGGUGGCAACUUCGUCGGUGAUCAAUCUCUAGUCGAAAAUCUGGAAACAAAUAAGAAAAUGGCCACAGAAAUUGAAGAGAAGGUAAAAGAGGCUAUAACUACGGAAGCCCAGAUAAAUACAGCUAGAGAGCAUUAUCGAACUGUCGCUUCUAGAGCAGCAUUGAUUUAUUUCAUCAUGAAUGAGUUAAAUCGCAUUCAUCCCAUGUAUCAGUUCUCUUUAAAGGCCUUUCGAACUGUCUUUGAGAAGGCCAUUGAUACUUCACCAGAAACAGAUACCGAUAAGGAGCGUUUGGCAAAUUUGAUGGAUAAUAUCACUUAUUCCAUUUAUUUAUACACUACUAGAAGUCUGUUCGAAAAGGACAAAUUGAUAUUUAUCCUCUUAAUGGUACUUCAGAUUCAGCUAUACUCUGGUGACUUUCCACAGCAACUCAUUGAUUUCCUUCUUCGUUAUCCAGCUAUUGUGGAUGUUAAAAGUCCGGUAGAUUUUCUCUCGGAUCUUAGUUGGGGUGGAGUCCAAGCUCUGAUACAAAUGGACACUUUUCGCGACCUGGAUAAAGAUAUAACUUCUUCGGCUAAACGGUGGAAGGCAUUGUUGGAAAGUGAGGCUCCAGAAAAAGAAAAGCUUCCACAAGACUGGAAGAACAAGACGGAAGCAGAAAAGUUGUGUAUUAUGCGAGCCCUUCGGCCUGAUCGCAUGACCUAUGCUCUAAACCACUUUAUUUCUACCACAUUCAGCUCAAAAUAUGUUGAAGGAAGACAAAUUGGCUUCGCCAACUCAUAUAAGGAAUCUGGGCCUAAUAUUCCAAUAUUUUUUAUUCUAUCGCCAGGUGUGGAUCCUCUGAAAGAUGUUGAAUCACUGGGUUAUAGUUUGGGGUUUUCAGUGGAAAAAAACAACUUCCACAACAUCUCUUUGGGUCAAGGUCAGGAGAUUGUGGCCGAGGAUGCAUUGGAUCUAGGGGCUAGAGAUGGUCAUUGGGUAAUACUGCAAAACAUUCAUUUGGUUAAAAAGUGGCUUCCAACACUCGAAAAGAAGCUGGAGCAGUUGGGCGAGAUUGCAAAUGCUAAAUUUCGCGUCUUCAUUAGUGCUGAGCCGGCUCUCAAUCCCGAGUCACACAUAAUUCCACAAGGUAUUUUGGAAAAUGCUAUUAAGAUUACAAACGAACCACCUACUGGAAUGAAGGCCAAUCUCCACAAAGCUCUUGACAAUUUCUCUCAGGAAACUUUAGAACGUUGUUCUAAGGAAGCAGAGUUCAAACCUAUUAUAUUUGCACUUUGCUAUUUUCACGCGGUUGUCUCUGAGAGAAGGAAAUUCGGUGCACAAGGCUGGAACAGAAUCUACCCCUUCAACGCAGGCGAUCUUUGUAUUUGUUUGGACGUGUUGUACAACUACCUUGAAGUCAGUUCCAAAGUGCCCUGGGAGGAUCUGCGAUAUCUCUUUGGGGAAAUUAUGUACGGCGGACACAUCACUGACGAUUGGGAUAGACGACUUUGCCGAACAUUUUUAGAGGAGUACCUUCAACCAGAAUUGAUAGAUGGCGAUCUAUUUCUGGCUCCUGGUUUCCAAGUUGCUCCAAACUCUGAUUAUACCGGCUACCAUGCUUAUAUUGAUGAGAGCCUACCACAGGAAUCACCACAUCUUUAUGGUCUUCAUCCAAACGCAGAGAUUGAGUUUUUGACCAAAAAUGCUGAACGCGUCUUCCGAAUGGUGCUAGAAUUGCAACCCCAAGAUGAUGCUACCUCUACUUUUGAAUCGAGUUCUCGUGAAGAAGCCACUCUUCAGAUUAUCGACGAUCUCAUGGACCGUUUACCAGAAGGAUUCAACAUUACGGAACUAGGAGCCAAGCAAGCGCCUGAAGAACGGACGCCAUAUACUGUUGUUGCCUUGCAGGAGUGUGAGAGAAUGAAUAUCCUUAUUGCCGAAAUCCGACGCUCCUUGAAGGAACUGAGACUAGGUUUGAAGGGUGAGCUGACUAUGUCGAGUGCUAUGGACGUUUUGGCAGGACAUCUUUUCCUUGACUCGGUCCCGGAGAUGUGGGAGAGAUAUGCCUACCCUAGUCUCUAUCCACUUGGACUGUGGUUCGCUGAUCUGCUUACAAGAUCCAAGGAACUAGAUGUUUGGGCGCAGGACUUUACACUACCUGGCUCAGUAUGGCUAGGAGGACUUUUCAAUCCACAGUCAUUUCUCACCGCUGUGAUGCAGCAAACAGCGAGAAAAUUUGAGUGGCCACUUGACAAGGUUUGUAUUUCCGUUGAGGUCACUAAACGCACACGUGAAGAGAUGGGCUCUGCUCCACGCGAAGGAGCAUAUAUUCAUGGUCUCUUCAUGGAAGGUGCACGAUGGGACACUGGGGCAAAUGCAGUGGUUGAGGCUAGAAUGAAGGAGUUAGCGCCACUUCUUCCAGUGAUAAUGCUUCGAGCAGUGCCCAUAGACAGACAAGAAUCACGACUUGCCGGUUUAUAUGCAUGUCCAUUGUACAAGACCAAGACACGUGGACCAACAUAUGUUUGGACCUUCCACUUACGAACCAAAGAAAGAUCCUCAAAGUGGAUUAUGGGUGGCGUGGCAUUACUACUCCAAGCUUAG